GUCUCUCCCUCUGUUCUUGAUCCUGACCCCUCCCUUCCAUUCCAUGUCUGCGGUCGUACGAGAGCGCGUAGUAGUGCAGCGUGAGGAUUAACACAAGGCUACAUGCGGCACCUGCAGCCAGACGAGGAGCUGCUUGUGCAGUGGAGGCCCUGCGACAAGGAGAGGUCCUAGUCGCCGGCUCGUCGGAGGAGCAGAUCCGGACGACGAACAUCAUUUGAUCGGUGGUGGCUGAUUAAUUCGAGGGGCGGGCGAGGGAAGAUGAGCUCGCAGGGCGGAGGCGGGAGGACGCGGGUGGGGAGGUACGAGCUGGGGAGGACGCUCGGGGAGGGGACGUUCGCCAAGGUCAAGUUCGCCAAGAACGUCGAGACGGGCGAGAAUGUCGCCAUCAAGAUCCUCGACAAGGAGAAGCUCCUCAAGCACAAGAUGAUCGACCAGCUAAAGCGCGAGAUCUCCACCAUGAAGCUCAUUAGGCACCCCAACGUUAUCCGGAUGCACGAGGUCAUGGCCAGCAAGACAAAGAUAUACAUUGUGAUCGAGCUUGUCACUGGUGGCGAACUUUUCGACAAAAUCGUUUCCCACAGAAGGCUGAAGGAGGACGAUGCCAGGAAAUAUUUCCAGCAACUGAUCAACGCUGUUGACUACUGCCAUAGCAGAGGCGUGUAUCACAGGGAUUUGAAGCCUGAGAAUCUUCUGCUUGAUGCGAACGGCACUCUCAAGGUGUCGGAUUUUGGAUUGAGCGCGCUGUCACAGCAAGUGCAGAAGGAUGGACUGCUGCACACGACUUGUGGAACUCCCAAUUAUGUUGCUCCCGAGGUUAUAAUUAAUAAGGGUUACGAUGGAGCCAAGGCUGAUCUGUGGUCAUGUGGGGUGAUUCUCUUUGUCCUUAUGGCGGGGUACCUUCCGUUUGAAGAUUCGAACCUCAUGUCACUCUACAAGAAGAUAUACAAAGCAGAUUUUACUUGCCCAUCUUGGUUCUCCACAAGCACAAAGAAGCUCAUCAAAAAGAUACUAGAUCCCAAUCCUAACACUAGAAUAACUAUUGCUGAGGUUAUUAACAAUGAGUGGUUCAAGAAAGGAUACCAGCCUCCUACGUUCGAGACAGAAGACAUUAAUCUGGAUGAUGUCAACUCUAUAUUCGACGAAUCUGGGGACCCAACACAGCUUGUCGUGGAAAGACGAGAAGAAAGACCAGCGCUGAUGAAUGCUUUUGAGUUGAUUUCUACCUCCCAGGGUCUCAAUCUUGGCACACUAUUUGAGAAGCAAACGGGUUCUGUUAAGCGAGAAACAAGGUUUGCGUCGAGGCUGCCUGCAAACGAGAUAUUGUCGAAAAUCGAAGCCGCAGCAGGACCCAUGGGAUUUAAUGUACAAAAGCGCAACAACUGUAAGCUGAAGUUGCAAGGAGAGAGCCCUGGAAGGAAAGGUCAGCUGGCAAUUGCUACCGAGGUUUUUGAAGUCACACCCACACUCCACAUGGUCGAACUCCGCAAGUCGAACGGAGACACCCUUGAAUUCCACAACUUCUACCAUAGCAUCUCAAACGGACUGAAGGACGUCAUGUGGAAGCCGGAUGGCAACAUAGCUGAAGUCGACAGGAUCCUGCACCACAGGUCCCAGUGAUUGGCACUAGCCUCCUGCUGUUUUGUUUUUUUUCAUGUUCUAGAUUUGGUUCUAAAAAACAAGGAUUCAGAUUAUGAAUGGAAGGGUGCGGAGAGUUGCAUUAGCUUUAUUUUUUUCCCUCCAGGUUUAUAAGGUUUGCAUGUAUUUCAAGAAA